GCCAAAUGAGAUGAUACUAUACGCUAGAUAAAGUUAACAGGUAACGGAAGAUGGACUAUCAGUCAACUCCAAGGCUGAGGUCCAACAAAGUGAAACUGUCGGAACCACAGACAUCAAGUUUUUUACCUCAACUUCCCCAGAAGAGAAACAAACCUCUAUGGUCGAGUACUGCUCCUUCAUUUGUACUGAAUGGAAGUGCACCAGAUGAUGCUUUAGGAAGGGACAAAUUAGAUCUUGCUCGUGAGCUGUCAGUUCCAGCUAAAAGACAAAAGCCUCACCAAAGAAGCAAAACAUGGUCAGAAGACAAAUCUCGUCAUUCACUGACAAAUGGAGCUUCCUCGUCUUUCCAACAUCCAAAGAAAAGCCGAGAAGCAUUCAGGAGUUCAUUGGUCAACAUUAUAAUGCAAAAAGAGGAAAAAAGUCGACCACCCAGUGCCACAAGUAGCUUAUCACAAAGACCUGGUUCUCCGACAAGUGCUGAAAAGGACAUCUUGAGAUAUUAUUAUUACAUUCAUAAUGGCAUUGAUACAGAACAUGUCGCACCUAUGGAGGAUAUGUGGUUGGAUCAUGUUAUGCAAAUGGUUCCAAAACGUUUGAAACAUCUAUCGGAUUCCAUUGAAACUUUAUCAGAUGAAAUGAGAGAAGAUUAUCUUCUGUCAGUGAAAAAAGCUAUUGUCGACUUCGUACUUCGAGAUCCAAGAGAGAAAGAAGAAGCAGCUCCAGAACUUCCACCGCACUGUGAGGAGUUAGAGGUUGUUCCUAAACCUUGGCACAGAUCAUUUGUUUCAGCUGCGAAUUCUACUAAAGAUAAAUUGAAUGUCACAAACCCAACAAUGUUGGCUGUACUCGAUCUUUGGCAUGUAUCAUUCGGGAAACUUCGGUUAAUUGAUAUUGAAGAAUUUCACAAGAAAGAGGAUUCAAUGGAAUUACAAACAUUUCAAAGUCUUGUUUUAAGACAUAUUGAAGCAGCCAAAGACAAACUUUUGAAAAAAUGGUUUCCUGAAGUACAGAACAUCUAUUACCAAGGAAAUAAAAGAAAGCAAGUACCAAGUAAUCACAAUGAGGCAAAGUUACAGUCAUUCUUCAAUUGUGCAGCAACAUUGAUGACACAACAAUUACAAAGUCUUGCUCUUCUUUCUAUUGACGACUACACCAGCUUGAUUUGCCAACCUCCUACAUCGAUUCGAGCUUAUGAACAUUCUGGUUUCAUCAUUCGACUUGUGUUGGAUGAUACAACAAUCAAAUUUGAACCUGAUUUUCCCGAUUUUGAGUUGGUUAUCGUCAAUGUAUUUGAUGUUAUGAUAAAAGCUGUUAGUAUUGUACCAAGAGUGGAAACCAAAUUAUAUUCAGAAUGGUCUGGAAGCAAUACCACACUGAAGCCUGUGAUUUUGGAUGAAAUAAUGUCAGUUGUAAAAGCACAAGUUCGUGCUGUUAUUGCCAAAGAAAGUGAAGCACCAAAGGAACAUUUGAAACUUUAUGACAAAUACCAUUUCCUUAUUAAUAAACAGGCUGAAGAUGAUGUUGUCGAGUUUUUAUCCAAAGAUAGAUCAUUUGAUGAUUACAUCAGAGAAGUCACUAAAUUCCAAAAAUUGGCAGAAGACAUUACCUUCAACUCAAGAAAGGUGUUGAGACUUGGAAUGUUUGAAUUACACUGUGAUGAAUUGAUCGGAAGUCUUGCUAAAAGAGCUGAGAAUAUGGCUAAUAAAAUGUUGACUACAAUGAGUAAAAAACAUCAGGAAGAAAACCAAGUAUUGUGCAAGGAGUUUGAAGAUAUUGCCAACAAAGCCUUGACAACGCCUGCCAAUACUGAAGAACUUGUGGAACUUAAAGAAUAUGUCGCCAAGGUUCGUACUACGGAUAUGCUUGAACUUGAGAAAAAACUUGUCGUCUGCAAAGACAGACUCGCCUUUCUUGUUGAUUUCACCUCAUUCACUCCACGAGAGAUUCGAACAAACAGCGAAGUAUUUAAAUGGCAUGCCAGAAUGCCGAGAGUAUUUGAAGAUCACGAGAGGAUUAUUGAUGAUAAGCUGAACCAAUAUCAAGAUGGACUCAAGUUGAGACGUGAAAGAUUUGUUGAAGAGUUGGAAGGAUAUUCUAAACAACUUGAAGAGUUUUCUGGAUUCGCUGAUCUCGCUGAAGUUCCAAGAUAUUUGAAGAAGGCCCAAGCUCUCACAACUCGUCUUGAGACUGCUUCUGAAAAAAUAGAACAGUUCAACAUUGAGGAAGAAGCAUUCGGAUGGGAAACUUCACAAUAUCCUCAGCGAAAACAACUUGACACCACACUGGCUCCUUAUUUGAAACUUUAUGAAACUACUGUUGAUUUUAACAACAAAAACAAUGAUUGGAUGCAUGGCAAAUUUGAUUUGAUUAAUCCAGAUGAAGUUGAACAAGAAGUAGGAAAUGUAUGGAGAGCUUUAUAUAAAUUGGAAAAAACAUUUGGUGAGAACCCAAAUGCUAAAAUGAUUGCUGUCAAGACUAAAACAAAAGUUGAAGAAUUCAAAGAAAACAUUCCUAUCAUUCAAUCUAUUUGUAACCCAGGAUUGAGAGAUCGUCAUUGGACUAAAUUGUCUGAAAUUGUCGGAUUCCCAAUCAAACCUGAUGAGGAUUCUACAUUAUCAAAAUAUAUUGAUAUGAAUCUUGAACCAUUCUUGGAUAAAUUCGAAUCCAUAUCUGAAGCAGCUAGUAAAGAAUUUUCACUGGAGAAAGCAAUGGAAAAGAUGGUUCACGAAUGGGAUGAGGUGGAAUUCAACAUGAUUCCAUAUCGUGAAACCGGAACAAUGAUUUUGUCAUCAGUUGAUGACAUUCAGAUGUUACUUGAUGAUCAUAUUGUGAAAACACAAACUAUGUGUGGAUCUCCUUUCAUCAAACCAUUUGAAGCCCAAAUCAAAAAAUGGGAAGCAAAACUACUUCUGGUUCAAGAAAUUCUGGAUGAGUGGCUAAAAGUACAAGCUACAUGGCUUUAUCUUGAGCCAAUUUUCAGUUCUCCUGAUAUUAUGGCUCAAAUGCCUGAGGAAGGAAGAAGAUUCACAAAAGUUGAUAAAACAUGGAGAGAUCUAAUUAAACAAUCUAUUGUGGACAAACAUGUGCUUGUGGUUGUUGAAAUUGACAAAAUGUUGGAUUCACUGAAAACAUCAAACGAACUUCUUGAACAAAUUCUUAAAGGUCUCAAUGAAUAUUUGGAGAAAAAACGACUCUACUUUCCAAGAUUCUUUUUCUUGUCCAAUGACGAAUUGCUUGAAAUUUUGUCUGAAACAAAAGAUCCAACCAGAGUUCAACCUCAUCUCAAGAAAUGUUUUGAAGGAAUCGCAAAUCUGGAAUUCACUGAUAUUUUGGACAUCACUCACAUCAAGAGUUCUGAGAAUGAAAUCGUAAAACUAGUUGAUGUGAUUUCAACUGCUAAAGCUCGCGGUCAAGUCGAGAAAUGGCUUUUAGAACUUGAGAUUGAUAUGGUGAAAAGUAUCAAGAAGGUCAUUGAAGAAUCACUGGAAGCCUACAAGGUUGAGCCUCGAACUGACUGGGUCAGAGCUUGGCCAGGACAAGCUGUACUUUGCAUCAGUCAGAAAUACUGGACUGAUUCAAUACAUCAUGCAUUAUCAAGUGGACCUCAGGCAAUGCAAGAUUAUCUUGAUCUUAGCAACUCCCAGAUCAAUGAAAUCGUUGUUAUGGUUCGAGGCAAGCUUUCCAAACAAAAUCGUACAUCACUUGGUGCUCUAAUUGUGUUGGACGUUCAUGCUCGUGAUGUGUUGGCUGAAUUAAUUAAAAAUAAAGUUGAAAAUGACAGCGACUUUGAGUGGCUUUCUCAGUUGCGAUACUAUUGGGAGGAAGAUAACUUACAAACUCGUAUGAUCAAUGCUGGUCUUGCGUAUGGUUAUGAAUAUCUUGGAAAUACACCGCGUCUCGUCAUUACUCCACUCACUGACAGAUGCUACAGAACACUCUUUGGAGCUCUUAAUCUUUAUCUGGGAGGAGCACCUGAGGGACCUGCAGGAACUGGAAAGACAGAAACAACAAAGGAUUUGGCAAAGGCAAUUGCAAAACAAUGUGUCGUAUUCAACUGUUCUGAUGGUCUUGAUUACAUUGCUCUCGGUAAAUUUUUUAAGGGUCUUGCAUCCUGUGGUGCAUGGUCUUGUUUUGAUGAGUUUAACCGAAUUGACUUGGAAGUGUUGUCUGUUGUUGCACAACAAAUUAUGACAAUUCAACGUGGUAUUAUGUCUGGAAAUGAUCUUCUGCUUUUUGAAGGAACUGAAAUUAAAUUGGACCCAACCUGUGCUGUAUUCAUUACUAUGAACCCAGGUUAUGCUGGACGUUCUGAACUGCCCGAUAAUUUGAAGGCAUUGUUCCGUCCAGUGGCUAUGAUGGUACCGGAUUAUGCACUCAUUUCUGAAAUUAUGCUUUACAGCUGUGGUUUUGUUAAUGCUCGACCACUUUCUGUUAAAAUUGUGGCAACAUAUCGUCUGUGUUCUGAACAACUUUCAUCACAACAUCAUUAUGACUAUGGAAUGAGAGCUGUGAAAUCUGUGUUAACGGCUGCUGCAAACUUGAAGUUGAAAUAUCCAGAGGAAAAUGAAGACAUUCUGAUGCUUCGCUCCAUCAUUGACGUCAAUCUUCCUAAAUUUCUUGCUCAUGAUCUUCCCUUGUUUAGUGGUAUUACAUCUGAUUUGUUCCCAGGUGUUAGACUACCUAAACCAGAUUAUGGUGACUUGCUUGAAGCGAUCAAAAACCAAUGUGAUAAGAUGAAUCUGCAGAUGACAGAUUUCUUCACUCAAAAGAUUUUGCAAAUAUUUGAGAUGAUGAUUGUACGACACGGUUUCAUGAUUGUCGGAGAACCUUUUGGUGGAAAAACCAGUGCUUAUCGUAUUUUGUCUGGAGCAUUGGCAGAAAUUCAUGAAAAAGGACUUAUGGAUGAAAACAAAGUUCAGAUCACUGUAAUCAAUCCUAAAGCUGUUACAAUGGGACAACUGUAUGGUUCUUUUGAUCCAAUUUCUCAUGAAUGGUCUGAUGGUAUUCUUGCUGUCUCGUACAGACAAUUUGCUUCAUCACAGACGCCUGAUCGCAAAUGGUUGUUAUUUGAUGGACCAGUCGACGCCAUUUGGAUUGAGAACAUGAACACAGUACUUGAUGAUAACAAAAAAUUAUGUCUGAUGUCUGGUGAAAUUAUUCAGAUGUCACCUCAGAUGAGUCUUAUGUUUGAACCUAUGGAUCUGGAAGUCGCUUCACCAGCUACUGUAUCUCGGUGUGGUAUGAUCUACAUGGAACCUCACAUGCUAGGAUGGAGACCAUUGAUGUUGUCCUGGUUGAAUACUUUACCUGAAGGCAUCACUGAUGCUCACAAACAAAUGAUUACUGAACUUUUUGACAGAAUGAUCAAACCCGUGUUGCAAUGGCUUAGGAAAGGUUCUGUCAGGGAACUUUCACCCACAACUAACACAAAUCUUGCUGUUUCUCUGAUGAGAAUGAUGCAAGCUCACUUUGAUGAAUUCAAAGAUCCUGCGAAGUUAAAGAACAGAGAUGAAAAAGAACAAAGUUCUAUUAUUGAGGGAAUUUUCCUUUUUUCAUUCAUCUGGUCACUUGGCAGCAGCACUGACAGUGACGGUCGCGAAAAGUUUGAUUACCUUCUUCGUGAAAUUAUGGAUGGUCCUUUAUCUGAAGAAACUAGAAAACAAUAUCACAUCAUUGAUCCUGUCCCACCCCCGAGUAAAUCAUUCACUGUGCCAAUACCUCGCACAGAAGAUGUUUACAGUUGGAGAUUCGUUAUGGAAGGAAAUGGAAGAUGGGAAAAAUGGACAGAUACUAUCAAAGAUGCUCCACCUCUUCCAAAAGACAUUGCUUUCAAUGAAAUUGUCAUUCCAACUAAAGAUACUGUCAGAUAUACCGCAUUGGUUAAUACACUGACUACACAUCAGAUUCCAGUAUUGUUGGUUGGCCCAACGGGAACUGGUAAAUCUGUCUAUGUCAAUAAUUACUUGAUGAAUGAUCUUGACAAAGAAAUAUUCAAACCUUCUGUCAUCAACUUUUCUGCGCAAACAACUGCAAAACAAACUCAAGAUAUUAUCAUGUCUAAACUUGAUAAAAGACGUAAAGGAGUUUAUGGGCCUCCUAUGGGAAAGAAAACUGUUAUUUUUGUUGAUGACAUUAACAUGCCAAUGAGAGAGACAUAUGGUGCACAACCUCCUAUUGAACUUCUCAGACAAUGGCUGGAUCAUUGGAAUUGGUAUGACCUGAAGGAUUGUACAAUGAUAAAGCUUAUUGAUAUCCAACUUAUGGCUGCAAUGGGGCCCCCAGGUGGUGGCAGAAAUCCCAUUACUCCUCGAUUCCUUCGUCAUUUCAACACAAUUACAAUCAAUGUAUUUGAUGACAAUGCUAUGUCUACGAUCUUUUCUCGUAUCUUGGAUUGGCAUUUUACCAUCAGACAUCCAUUUGGACCUGAAUUCAAGAAACUGACGCCACAAAUUGUCAACGGAACUCUGGCUGUAUUUCAUUCAGCUACUAAGAAUCUUCUACCAACACCAGCCAAGUCUCAUUAUUUGUUCAAUCUUCGUGACUUCAGUCGUGUUGUCGCUGGUGUCUGUUUGUCUGUUCCUCAGUCUGCAAUUGACACAAAUGUCAUCAAUAGACUUUGGGUGCAUGAGGUGAUGAGAGUGUAUUAUGAUCGUCUUGUUGAUGACAGUGAUAGAUCAUGGCUUUUCAAUUUCCUUCGUGAUGUCAUGAAAGAAAAGUUUGAAACUGAGUUUGAUGACGUAUUCAAACAUUUGGAUUACAAUAACGAUGGAGAGGUUGAGGAAGAUGAUCUUCGCAGUCUUAUGUUCUGUGAUUUUACACCUAAAAAUGAAGACAAAUUAUACAUGGAAGUCGAUAAUGUCGACAAACUACGUGAAGUUGCUGAAGGACAUCUUGAAGAAUUCAACAAUUUAAGCAAGAAACCAAUGAAUCUUGUCCUUUUCAGAUUUGCCAUUGAGCAUGUUUGUCGUAUCUCUCGUAUUAUCAAACAACCUCGUAGUCAUGCACUGCUUGUUGGUGUUGGUGGAUCCGGCAGACAAUCUCUCACCAGACUUGCUUCACAUAUGGCAGACUUUGAACUGUUCCAGGUUGAAAUUUCUAAAGGCUACACAUCUACUGAAUGGCGUGAAGAUUUGAAAGUAAUUCUAAGAAAAUCUACUGAAUCAGAACAGAAUGGAGUUUUCCUUUUCACUGAUACUCAGAUUAAAGAAGAGAGUUUCUUGGAAGAUGUCAACAAUUUGCUGAAUGCUGGAGAGGUUCCAAAUUUGUUUGCCAUCGAUGAAAAACAAGAAAUCAUCGACAAAAUGAGACAACUCGACAGACAACGGGAUAAAUCUAAGCAAACGGAUGGAUCUUCAAAUGCGUUAUUCAGUUAUUUCAUUGAUCGAUGCAGAGAUCAACUUCAUAUUGUACUCGCAAUGAGUCCUAUUGGAGAUUCUUUCAGAACAAGAUUAAGGAAAUUUCCAUCACUUGUGAAUUGUUGUACUAUUAACUGGUUCCAGUCAUGGCCAGAAGAUGCUCUAACAGCAGUAGCAUCUCGAUUUUUGGAAGAUGUUGAAAUGGAAGAUGACCAAAGAAUUGGAUGCAUUAAAAUGUGCAAGACAUUUCACACUGGGACUCGAGUAUUGUCGGAAAGAUUUUUGAAUGAGCUUCAGCGUCAUAAUUAUGUGACACCAACAUCGUAUCUGGAAUUAAUUUCAACAUUCAAACAACUUCUUGAUAAAAAAAGACAAGAAGUUCAUAAGAUGAAACGUCGUUAUGAAGUUGGAUUAGAAAAACUCAUGUCUGCUGCUUCACAGGUUGCUGACAUGCAAAAAGAACUUACUGAUCUUCAACCUCAACUUGUUGUUGCUAGCAAAGAAGUCGAUGAAAUUAUGGUGAACGUGGAAAGAGACAGUAUCGAAGUAGCUAAAGUUGAAAAGGUUGUCAAAGCAGAUGAAGCAGUUGCAAAUGAACAAGCAAGAGUUGCUAAAGGAAUAAAGGAUGAAUGUGAUGCUGAUCUGGCUGAGGCUAUUCCUAUCCUCGAGGCUGCUCUGUCAGCUCUUAAUACUCUUGCACCUUCAGAUAUUACCAUGGUCAAAUCCAUGAGCAAUCCACCUUACCCUGUCAAACUUACAAUGGAAGCUGUUUGCAUUCUUAAAGGAAUUAAACCAGAUCGUAUUCCUGAUCCAUCUGGCUCUGGAAAGAAGGUAGAAGAUUUCUGGGGCCCAUCUAAGAAAUUACUCGGCGACAUGAAAUUCUUACAAAGUUUACAAGUUUAUGAUAAAGAUAACAUUGCACCUGCUUACAUGAAACAAAUUAGGGCGAAGUAUAUCCCCAAUCCUGACUUUGUGCCUGAAAAAAUUCGUAAUGCUUCAACUGCUUGUGAAGGUUUGUGCAAAUGGGUGAGAGCAAUGGAUUCAUAUGACAGAGUGGCCAAAAUUGUUGCUCCCAAGAAAAUUAAACUCAAGGGUGCAGAAGCUGAACUUGCUGUUGCAAUGGAGAGUCUGAAAAAGAAACAAGCUGCAUUGAAGGAAGUUCAAGACAAGUUGAAAAUGUUGCAAGAUAAACUUGAAUUUAACAAGCAAAAGAAAGCAGACCUUGAAUAUCAGGUUGACAUCUGUAGCAAGAAAUUGUCUCGUGCUACUCAGCUCAUUGAGAGUUUAGGUGGUGAAAAGGAUAGAUGGGGAGAAGCAGCUCACACUCUUGGAAUCAAAUAUACUAACUUAACUGGUGAUGUUCUUAUAGCAUCUGGAAUUGUCGCAUACCUUGGAUGUUUCACAUCGAAAUUCAGAGAGGACCAACUCAAAAUAUGGUUGACAGAAUGUAAAGAUAUGAAAAUACCAUGUUCAAGUGAUUGUACAUUGAAUCAAGUACUUGGUGAACCAGUUAAAAUCAGACAAUGGAAUAUUGCUGGACUUCCUACUGACAGUUUCUCUGUUGACAAUGGCAUCAUUAUCAGUAAUGCUCGACGUUGGCCUCUGAUGAUUGACCCUCAGGGUCAAGCUAAUAAAUGGAUCAAAAACAUGGAGAGAGCGAACAAUUUACAUGUAAUAAAACUAUCAGAUGGUGAUUUUGUCAGAACAUUGGAGAACUGCAUCCAGUUUGGUACUCCUGUCUUGCUGGAAAACAUCGGUGAAGAACUAGAUCCUAUGUUGGAACCUCUGCUUUUGAAACAAACAUUCAAGCAAGGCGGUGCUAUCUGUAUUCGUCUUGGUGAUUCUACUAUUGAAUACAGCAGUGAUUUUAGAUUCUAUAUUACAACAAAACUAAGGAAUCCUCAUUAUUUACCUGAAACAUCUGUGAAGGUGACAUUGCUGAACUUCAUGAUUACUAUGGAAGGAUUACAAGAUCAAUUGUUAGGAAUCGUGGUCGCCAGAGAAAGACCAGAAUUAGAAGAAGAGAAGAAUGCAUUGAUUCUUCAGAGUGCAGAAAACAAAAAGCAAUUGAAGGAAAUUGAAGACAAAAUUCUUGAAGUCCUAUCAACAUCAGAAGGAAACAUUCUUGAAGAUGAAACUGCUAUUAAAGUUCUUUCAUCAUCGAAAUCAUUAGCUAAUGAAAUUUCUGAAAAACAGGCAAUUGCAGAGGAAACUGAGAAAAAGAUUGAUACUGCACGUAUGGGUUAUACACCGAUCGCAGAACACUCAUCUGUCUUGUUCUUCUGCAUCACUGAUCUUGCGAACAUUGAACCUAUGUACCAGUAUUCUCUAACUUGGUAUGUCAACUUGUUUAUCAACAGUAUUGAUAAUGCAGUGAAGUCUGAUGACUUGGCAGUGAGACUCAAAAAUCUUGAGAAGUACUUUACCUACUCACUCUACUGUAAUAUCUGUCGAUCACUGUUUGAGAAAGAUAAACUACUUUUCUCAUUUUUACUCUGCAUGAAUCUAAUGAAACAUCAUGGACAGAUUCAUGAAGAUGAUUACAGAUUUCUACUUACUGGAGGUGUUGGGCUUGAUAAUCCUCAUUCAAACCCUGCUACUUGGCUUCCUAUCAAAUCGUGGGAUGAACUUUGUCGGUUGGAUGCUAUGGAACAAUUUACUGGCAUCAGACAAAAGUUUCCUGCAUAUAAAGCACAAUGGAAAGAAAUGUAUGACAGCUCUGAACCUCAACAUCACAAACCCCCUGGAGAGUGGGGUGAAUUGGAGCAAUUUCAGAAAAUGAUGAUUUUACGAUGCAUGAGGCCUGACAAGGUUGUUCCUGCAAUUCAAGAUUUCAUCAUUGCCAACUUAGGACAAAAGUUUGUUGAGCCUCCACCUUUUGAUCUCCCCAACACAUUCUUGGACAGCAAUUGUACAUCCCCACUGAUCUUUGUUCUAUCACCUGGUGCUGAUCCAAUGGCUGCUUUACAGAAAUUUGCAGAUGAUCAGGGCUUUGGAGGGGCCAAACUGAGUACACUUUCUCUUGGUCAAGGACAAGGACCCAUUGCAUUGAAAAUGAUAGAUCGUGGUGUGAAAGAAGGAACAUGGGUUGUUCUACAGAAUUGUCAUCUUGCUGUCUCCUGGAUGUCUACACUUGAGAAACUAUGUGAAGAAACUCUCAAUCCAGAAACAACACAUCCUGAUUUUCGCCUGUGGUUGACAAGUUAUCCAGCUCAUCACUUCCCAGUAGCUGUCUUACAAAACGGUGUCAAAAUGACAAAUGAACCUCCUAAAGGUUUGAAAGCCAAUGUGAUGAGAUCUUACUUGAGUGACCCGAUUUCUGAUCCAGAGUUCUUCAACAGCUGCAAACAACCGCAUGCAUGGAGAAGACUUCUGUUUGGAUUAUGCUUUUUCCAUGCUCUUGUGCAAGAGAGAAGAAAAUUUGGACCUCUCGGUUGGAAUAUUCCAUAUGAAUUCAAUGAAACCGAUUUAAGAAUUUCUGUCAAACAACUUCAUAUGUUCUUGAAUCAAUAUGAUUUUGUUCCUCUUGCUGCAUUAAAAUAUCUUGCUGGUGAAUGUAACUACGGUGGAAGAGUCACAGAUGACAGAGAUAGAAGAACAUUGAAUGCUGUACUCUCAAGAGGAUAUAAUGAUGAAAUUAUCAACACAGAUGAUUUCAUGUUUGAUUCUAAAAGCAGAUACAUAGUUCCGGCAGAUGGAGAUUGGGAAAGCUAUGUUGAAUACUGCAAGAAUCUUCCAAUGAUAACUGAGCCUGAGAUAUUUGGAAUGCAUGCUAAUGCUGAUAUCACUAAAGAUCAAAAUGAGACGAAUGUGUUAUUCAACAGCAUUCUACUCACACUGUCCCGAGCAUCUGGAGGAGGUUCGCAAUCCAGUGAUCAGCUUGUCUAUACUGUUGCAGGAGAUAUUCUUGGGAAACUUCCUGAGAAUUUUGACACUGAAGCAGCUCUGAGAAGAUAUCCCACUGCAUACAAACAAUCUAUGAACACAGUACUUGUACAAGAGAUGGUCAGAUUCAAUAAUCUACUUUCUGCAAUUCGCGCAUCACUCAUCAAUGUCAAAAAGGCUAUCAAGGGACUUGUUGUUAUGUCUGGAGAUCUUGAAGAAGUCUUGAACAACAUAUUACAAGGAAAAAUACCUGGAGUGUGGAUGAAAAAAUCUUAUCCCAGUUUGAAACCUCUUGGGGGUUAUGUUAAUGAUUUCCUUGAAAGGCUGCAUUUCUUGCAGAAAUGGUAUGAAGAAGGUCCACCUCCACAAUUUUGGGUUUCUGGAUUCUUUUUUACUCAAGCUUUCUUGACUGGUGUGCAACAGAACUUUGCUCGUAAAUAUACAAUUCCAAUCGACCUCCUCUCGUUUGAUUAUAAUGUUAUGGAAGACAAAGAAUAUAAGAAUCCACCUGAAGAUGGUGCAUACAUCUUUGGACUGUAUUUGGAAGGAGCAAAAUGGGAUAGAAAAUCCAAAUUAAUUGCCGAGUCUAUUCCAAAGAUUUUAUAUGACAAGAUGCCAAAGAUUCAUAUCAUUCCCAUAAAGAGAUCUGACCUUCCUGAUCGUCAAACCUACAAUGCACCUGUGUAUAAGACCAGUGAACGAAGAGGUGUUCUGUCCACCACUGGUCACUCUACCAACUACGUCAUUGGCAUGGACCUUUCUUCGGACAAACCUUCUUCACAUUGGAUCGGACGUGGUGUCGCUCUAUUGUGCCAGCUCAAUGAUUAG